GUGAAUAGAUUGGUUGAAUCUAAUGAAAGCUACGUGGAAACUUUUGCAUGUUUUGGACAAUGUAUUGAUCGUAUAAUACACUUAAAAAAAGAUUGGCAACAAAUUGAGAGAGACAGAGGAGUAGCUACAACUUGUAGUACAAGUAAAAAUAUCAAAACUUCAAAGUUCAACAAAGUGAGGAUGUCCACAACUAUUUUAAGAGAGAGAAAUGAUAGAUCAGCAAACAAAAGAAAAGAAAUUUCAAGAUACCAACCCAAAAGCCUCUUUUCCAGUGAUGAAAGAGAAAGGGAAUCAAAGACAGAUUAUCAACAUGAUAGAAGAAAAAAUUCCUGGAAGAAACCAUCUCAUGAAAUGGUAUGUUCAGAAGAUUUUCCUCCACUUGAGAAAUUAAGUCCUAUGAGUAAAAAAAAGCAGAACAGAGAGGUAUUACGAAGAUUGUUCCAGAACCUUGAGUCCCAACAGAAAAAAAGGAAAUUUUGGUUGUAAACAGAUUUCAAGCUCUAUGGACAAAAAAAGCAGACCAGAGAGAUAUUGUGAAGCUUUUACCAGAACCUUGAGUCCCAACAGAAAGGAAGAAGAUAUUGAUCAUAAACUAAUUUCUAGUCCUCUGCGGAAAAAAAGCAGACCACUGAGGUAUUAUGAGGCUGUUUCCAGAACCUUAAGUCCCAACAGAAGUGAUGAACAGGAGCAAAAAAUUUCUGUAAACUUUGAUGAAUGGAAAAAUUGGAGACUUGAAAAAAACUGGGCAACUCUUGUUGAAGAAGAACAAAAACAAAAAGUGGAGACAAGUCCCUCAGUGAGUACUCCCACCAAGAACAUCGAGGGAGAAAAUAAACAGGAAUCAGAUAAAAGACAGAAAAUAGAGUUUGAGAAGGAUUUAGAUGUGCUCCAGAGAAGACAGAAACAGAUUGACUAUGGAAAAAAUACAUUAGGCUACCAAAGAUAUAUCACUAUGGUUCCCAAAACAAACCGUACAAAAAUUCAUCCUCGGACACCUAACAAGUACUUGAAGUACAGUCGUCGAAGCUGGGAUACCAUGAUUCGGAUUUGGCGUAAACAGAUGCAUAUAUGGGAUCCACCUACAGGGGAGGAAGACAACAUGGACUGUUUUGACAUAGACAUAGCAAAUAUGUCCUUUGAAUCCCAAACAACAUCAGUUUCAACUUCAUCUGGUAGAGCCUCUUUGGAAGAUUGCUACAGUCCAGAGUUUGGCUCCAAAUAUGAAGACAGACUGAGCUCAAGGAACGAUGAUGUCCUUGACUUGGUGCCAUUUGAGAAGAAUAUUACCGAAGACAGUGUUUCUAGUACAAAUCCAUCUUUUAGAAAGCCUCAAGACAUUUUUGGGGAGUUUGAUUUAGAUGCUCAUUUACUAGAGGAAGAUUUCAUUGAUUUUUAAUAUUUUAGUGGUUUUUUUCUUCAAUUUUUUUAUUUUUAUACAUUUGUUCUUAUUUUAU